UUUAUUAGUUGGACAGCAGAGUUGUCCUGUCCUAGCAUGCUUUAUGUGUGUGUGUGUGUGUGUGUGUGUGUGUGUGUGGGUGUGUGUGUGUGAUAGAGCAAGAAGCAAAUGAAAUAUCACAAGUAUUCAUUGUUCAUGUUGGAUGUUUUGUAUUAGUUCCCAUAGUGAGAAACUUUGCUGGCAGAUUUAUAUCUAAGCGCUACAAACUUAUGAACAUGUGCGUGACAGCGUGACAAUGUCGCUGUGCGCGUCACAGAAAGAGACGUGACUCGGUCCCUUAAAUCACUCAGACAAUGAUGAUGUUAAUAAUUACACGGGCGGUAAUUACGCCUCUUACACCCACGAGUCCUCUCUGGGGAGGGAGGGCUCAUCCAGGAUAGGAGGGGAGGGGAGGAGGGGAGGAGAGGAGGGGAGAGAAAGUGAGGAAAGUUCUCAGAGGGUGAAGGAAAGACCUUCCGAUAUUAGGGGAUUUUUUUCCCCUCGCUGGUCUCCCUUCUUCAUCCGUCCACCCUAGAAUAAAAACACAGAAGUCGGGACUAUAGGGGCUGGUGAAUUUCAUUUAUCAGCAAAUUAAUCUGCAAAUUUAAUGCAUGCGCGCUCUUAAUUGCCAGCUGGAGUGCGCGUUAAGACGCACAGGCUCGAGGCAGACCCUAGACUGUUAUCUCUCGCGUGCAGAUCCCAAGUUCCUCUUUUGACUGCAGGUGUCCAGCGGAGCGCAGGAGGAGAGCCACGAGGGAAUUAUUGGCCACCGUAUCGAUAGGCUCUAAUGCAAUAUGAUGGAUCGAUGGAGCUCAGUGCGCGAGACAUGGCUGCUGCUUCUGUUCCUCACGGUGUUUUAUACCUCAAGGGCAGCCGAUCCCGUUGAUGUCCUGAAGAUCCUGGAGCUGUCAGAUGACAUGGAGGGUGUGUCGUUGGAGGCAGGACUGUGCACCAGCAGGAAGAGCAGAGAGGAGACGGACCUCUCCUAUAAGAUCGACAGGAAGAUUCAACUGAGUGCUCCAACCAAGCAGCUUUUCCCUGAUUCACCAUUCCCAGUGGACUUUUCAGUGAUGACAACAGUUAGAGCUGUAAAGGGCUCACAGGUCUUUCUCCUCUCCCUGUACGACGCACAGGGCACACAGCAGCUGGGUAUAGAGGUUGGCCGCUCUCCUGUCUUCCUGUAUGAAGACCACGAGGGUCAGCCGCCUCCAGAACUCUACCCCACCUUUAGAAAGAUCAACCUGGCUGAUGGCAAGUGGCACAGAGUGGCCUACAGUGUGGAGGGUCCGUCAGUGACUCUCUACCUGGACUGUGUCAAGCUGGACACCCUGGACCUGCUCAGAGGUUAUGACCCCCAGGUCAGCAUCGACGGGGUUACCGUGUUUGGAACGCGCCUGCUGGACGAUGACGUGUUUGAGGGAGACAUCCAGCAGCUGCUGAUUGUCGAUGACCCCAGAGCAGCAGAGAUGUACUGUCAGGACUUCAUCCCAGACUGUGACUCUAUGACUCUGCCCUACGACAGCAUAUUAUCGGAGCUUGAAGAAGUGGAGAGAGCACCUAAGAAACAUAUAGUUGAAGAGUUCGAUGAGUUCGACUACAGCGACUUCUUUGACGACAUCUCUGUCUCCACGGUGACUGCAGGUCCUAAUGUCACCGAGUAUGAGAUUGUAGAGUAUGAAGACUACGACAACACGACUGAUUACGACCAGGUGAACGAGUACGAGUACGAGGAAGAAUACGAUGAGCGCUACGGACCGGCAGAGAGAGAACAGGAUUUCACUCUUAACACACAGGAUAUACCAGAGAAAGGAGAGAAGGGAGAGCCGGGCUACUUGGGAGUGGGAACACAGAUUGUGGGAUCACACGGGCUUCCAGGACCUGAGGGAGAGUCAGGACCUCCUGGAAUCACAGGACCAGUGGGACCUCGAGGAGACCCCGGGGAGCUGGGCCCUCCAGGGCGGCCAGGUCUUAAUGGAGCUGAUGGGAUACCAGGACCCCCAGGAAACAUCAUGCUCAUCCCGUUUCAGUCAGGUGGGGAUCCAAAGACAGGUACUGUGGUUUCAGCGCAGGAGGCGCAGGCUCAGGCCAUCUUGCAGCAGACAAAGCUGGCUAUGAAGGGACCUCCGGGGCCGCUCGGCCUCAGGGGAAGACCUGGACCACUGGGUGCACCAGGCCCCUCUGGGCUGAAGGGGAGCAGUGGAGAGAUGGGGCCACCGGGUCCUCCGGGACUGCCAGGUAUCUCGGGUCAGAACGGACGAAUUGGAAAAAGGGGUCGAGGGGGUGCAGAUGGGGGUCGAGGUGCAAUAGGAGAGACAGGAGCAAAGGGGGAUCGAGGGUUUGAUGGAUUGCCCGGUCUCCCUGGAAACAAAGGACAUCAAGGGGACAGGGGGAAGCCGGGCCCUGUAGGUCCGCCAGGAGAGCUAGGAGAAAAGGGCUCUGAGGGGCCACCUGGACCAAGAGGACAACCAGGCGAUGCUGGUUCCAGAGGUCUAAAUGGCCCCAGAGGUCGUCCUGGACCCCCAGGCCAGCCUGGCAUUCGAGGAAUUGAUGGUGUCCAAGGUUCUAAGGGAAACAUAGGACCCCCGGGAGAUGUUGGAGCACCUGGACAGCAAGGCAACCCUGGAAUCCUGGGUUUCCCUGGUCCUCAGGGAUUAGUAGGGCUGCCAGGAGAGAAGGGGCCUCAAGGGAAGAAAGGGAUGCAGGGCUUACCUGGAAACGACGGGCCUCCGGGUCACCCCGGAAGAGAAGGAGCUCCAGGUGAAAAAGGACUGCCGGGACCACCAGGAGUGCAGGGGCCUGUUGGAUACCCCGGACAACGAGGAGUUAAGGGAGCGGAUGGAAUCAGGGGAUUAAAGGGAAGCAAAGGCGAGAAGGGAGAAGACGGGUUUCCAGGGGCCAAGGGGGAGAUGGGAGGGAAGGGGGACCUUGGGGACAACGGAGCUCCAGGUGGCCGAGGAGAAGAUGGGCCUGAGGGGCCCAAAGGCCAGACGGGGCCUCAAGGAGACACUGGCCCUGCUGGCAUUGCUGGAGAAAAGGGGAAACUGGGAGUUCCCGGGCUGCCAGGAUAUCCUGGGCGACAAGGGCCAAAGGGCUCUGAUGGCUUCACUGGUGCACUGGGAACUGCAGGAGAGAAAGGGAAGAAAGGUCCUGCAGGACAACCAGGAAGUGCAGGCCAGAGGGGUCCAAAUGGUGCACGAGGUGGCAGAGGGGCAAGAGGGCCUACAGGGAAACCAGGAGAAAAGGGCACCUCAGGACACGAUGGGCCCCCAGGAUCUCCUGGAGAUAGGGGACCUCAAGGGCCGCAAGGAAGGAAUGGAGAACCAGGACCUAAAGGAUCAGUUGGUCAAGCUGGGAAGGAUGGACUUCCAGGUCACCCAGGUCAAAGAGGAGAGCCGGGAUUCCAAGGAAAGACGGGACCUCCAGGACCUGCAGGUGUUGUUGGGCCACAGGGCAAAUCAGGUGAGCCUGGCCCAACAGGGGACCGAGGCCACCCAGGGGCACCAGGUGGACCUGGGGAGCACGGUUUACCUGGAUCUGCUGGGAAGGAAGGUGGAAAGGGUGAUCCAGGUUUACCCGGCACAUCUGGGAAGAACGGUCCUGCAGGACUGAAAGGGUUCAGAGGGAGCAGAGGAGCGCCUGGAAUUAUGGGACCUCCUGGUCUGAAAGGUGGAUCAGGACCUAAUGGAGCCCCAGGAGCCAUAGGGCCGACAGGUGAGAGAGGUCCUCCAGGAUCGGCUGGUGCCAUUGGACAGCCUGGGCGGGCUGGAUUGAUUGGAGGACCGGGACCGAUGGGAGAGAAGGGCGAGCCUGGAGAUAAGGGUCCGAUUGGACCUGCAGGUCAGGAUGGAGAGCAGGGACCUGGAGGCAUGCCUGGGGCUACGGGCCCUGCGGGACCUCCAGGAGAUGACGGGGACAAGGGAGAGCAAGGAGGACCUGGGCAGAAAGGCAGCAAAGGAGACAAAGGGGAAGCAGGCCCCCCAGGUCCAACUGGCACUCAAGGGCCUGUCGGUCAGCCAGGACUUCCGGGUGCAGAUGGAUUGCUGGGCCCCCCAGGCCAGCAGGGCAUGUACGGUCCAAAAGGAGAUGAGGGACUACGUGGCUUCAAGGGUGCCAGGGGACCAAUAGGAUUACAGGGCAUGCCCGGCCUACCAGGAGAAAAGGGUGAGAGUGGACACGUGGGACUAAUGGGUCCACCUGGGCAACAAGGCCCGACUGGUUCUCAAGGACCUAUUGGGGGACAGGGGCAGACAGGUCGACCAGGGAUGAUAGGACAGCCUGGUGUUGUCGGUGAGAAGGGGGAGGAUGGCGAGUCUGGUGACCCUGGAUUAGUCGGUUUUCCAGGAAAGCUAGGAGACAAGGGCGACCAGGGGGAGAAGGGAGACACGGGCCCUUCAGGAGCUGCUGGUCCUCCAGGAGCUAGGGGCGCCCCAGGGGAGGAUGGAGCCAAGGGCAACUCUGGUCCUAUAGGUCUCACUGGGGACCUUGGACAGCAAGGAGAGGCUGGACCCAAUGGUGUGGAUGGUCUGCCCGGGUCUAAAGGAGAUGCAGGAGAGCCUGGAAACUCUGGACCACCAGGAGCAGCAGGGGAACCAGGACCAUCUGGUGCUCCUGGGCGAAGGGGCCACUUGGGGAAAGCGGGGAAGGAAGGAAAGGCUGGCCUGAAAGGCGCAAAGGGUGCUUCCGGAUUGGAGGGUCCCAUAGGGAAGACAGGGCCUGUAGGUGCCCAGGGACACCCUGGGAAGCCUGGCCUCCAGGGUCUAAGAGGGAUCCCAGGCCCUGCAGGUGAGCAGGGAUUAAAUGGACCACCUGGCCAGACGGGACCACCAGGUCCCAUGGGUCCACCGGGAAUACCAGGACUAAAGGGAGACCCAGGCAAGAAAGGAGACAAGGGUCAUGGUGGUCUGAUAGGUCUGAUAGGGCCACCAGGAGACAUCGGAGAGAAGGGCGACAGAGGACUUCCAGGAAACCAGGGACUACCGGGUCCAAAAGGAGAUGAGGGUCCAGUUGGCCCAGCAGGUCCUUCCGGCCCCCCUGGCCCCACCGGUCUAUCUGGUGCUAUGGGUUCAAAGGGUUCUAAAGGAAACCAGGGUCCAAUUGGUCCCAGAGGAGACAUUGGACCUGCAGGACCUCCAGGACCACCAGGAUCGGCAGCGGUUGGGAUGUCCCCUCUGCCAGAGCGAGGACGAAGAAGGAGAAACCACAACUUGGUGGAUGGUGCUGCACUUGAAGAAGAGGAGGAGGAGGCGAUAGAUGGAGGAGAGGAGGAAUGGAUGCAGGGAGAUCAGGCGGAGCAGGACGGAUGGAUGAAGGAGAAAGAGGGCCAAGGCAUGGAGGAGGUGUUUGCAUCUCUGUCCUCUAUGAAAGUAGAGGUGGAGGGUCUGCGUAACCCGCUUGGAACAUACCACAGCCCCGCCCGCACCUGCAAGGAGCUCUGGCUCCUCCACCCAGAGCUCCCCAACGGUGAAUAUUGGAUAGAUCCCAACCAGGGUUGCCAUAGAGACUCCUUCAAGGUGUUUUGUAACUUCACAGCACAGGGAGAGACGUGUCUGUCCCCUGACAAGAAGUUCCAGUCGGUGAAGCUAGCAGCCUGGAAAGGGGAAAAAUCUGGCACCUGGUACAGUAAAUUCAGGAAAGGAAAACAGUUUUCCUACUCUGGGUCGGACGGCGUUCCAAUCCACAUUGUCCAGCUGACCUUCCUGAAGCUGCUGAGCGCGACAGCCAAGCAGACCUUCACCUACCACUGCCUCAACUCCGCUGCCUGGCUGCACGCUGCCACAUUCAGCCACGAACACGCGCUGCGCUUCAGAGGCAGCAACGGGGAGGAGCUGACACACGAGAACACACAUUACAUUAGUGCACUGUACGACGGGUGUCAGACACGCUCAGGGCAGGAGAGGACGGUGUUGGAGUUUGAUGCUCCGCUGUCCACCACGCUCCCCAUCAUCGAUGUGGCUGUAUCCGAUUUUGGAAAGGGGAACCAGAAAUUUGGUUUCCAAGUUGGCCCGGUCUGCUACAACGGUUAAUCAAACCAUGGGAGCCAACAACAGGAGUAAUUUAAUAGGAAAAAGAGCCACGGACACUUUUUACAUGCAGGGAGAAAACUACAUUCAAGACUUACCUGGUGCCACAUAUUUAUAAGUCGAUUUACCUACAACAGUGUUCCUUCAUCUAAACAUUGAUUCUUUCAUACACACAUUGAUUCACUCAGACUGUCUCGUACAUUCACCUCUCACCACUGACACACAUACUGUGUUUUCAAGAGCAGUGCAUAAAUGUAUUGACUGUCAACCAUAUCCUCAGUUACACAUGUUUGUUUUUUUUCUGUCAUUCCUCUUUGAAGGAGUGAGUGGUAGCAUCCAUGUCUGGUUACACAUUUGUUGAUCUAUGCACUUAGUUCACAUUUUUACAUAAUCACACACAAGUGAAUCAUCUUAAGAAAUACACCAUAUUUCAGCAACAUGUUGUUCUGUGUUAUCAUCAAACCUCAUUUUGUUGUGUUGUUAACUUUUUUGUUUGUUGUUGUCAUUUUGUUGUUAUAAUUAUCUGUUAUGUGAUGUAUAUUGGAGUGUAAUUCAUCACGGUGCUAUUAUGUAGCUCCUUGCAGAGUGCAUUUCUUUGUAAAAGGGAACUGGGGCAGUGCAUUUUUUUUAUAUUGUGAAGCUGUGUUUUAUAUUUUUUCAACAUAAACCAAACUGUGGUAUGUGAUUGCCUCAAGGUCUUUCUAUGCAUAUUUGUAUUGGCAAGUGACUGAGUAACAUAUUUUAAUAAAAGUACAUAAUGUACAUUUAAGUUAAUAUGAUGAGAUUUAGUUUUAUUGAAUGCAUUUGUUGAGCAAAGCCAACAAAGAGGUUUGAGGAGCAGACAGACACAGCUGCUAACGCUCUCCACCCAGGGAGUGUGCUCUAUUUAUUAGCUUUCUUUCGCUGUUUGGAUGGGAAUGUUGGUCGUU